ACUUUCUUCUAAUGCCACACAAAACGACGCCAAGUCACAGAGACAAGGACAGUGCUGGAGUGUCGUAUAACUAAUAUUUUAUCAUUUUUAUUUUCUGAAGUUUCUGAGUCUGGAUUUAGAAUGAAGAUCCUCCUCAUCUUCAUCUUCUUCCUGACUCCCGUUGGUACUGAUGCUGUAACUAUAGUAACUGGAUACAGAGGAGGAUCAGUUCAGAUUAAAUGUUACUAUGAAUCUGGAUAUGAAGAUAACAACAAAUAUCUCUGCAGAGGUGAAUGUUCUUAUGUGGGGAAUAAAGACAUUCCUGUUAAAUCUGGAUCUCCUGCUGAAGACCCCAGAUUUUCUCUGUAUGAUGACAAAACAGCCCGAGUCUUCACCGUCAACAUCACUGAUCUGAGACCUGAGGAUGGAGGCAAUUUCUGGUGUUCGAUAGAGCGGACAUUGAAAGAUAUUUACACAGAGAUUCUAUUGCAGGUUAAAACAGUUGAUCCCACCAUGAGUUCUGUCUCACACACCACACACUUCACUCCAACCCAUGGGGACACGACACAUUCAGUAACAGAUAAGUUACUAACUUAUACUCUCCACAAAACCCCCAUCACUCCCUCAUCUCAGGGGUUCCAAACUUUACCUGUCAUCACUGCCGUGUCUGUUGUUCUCGUGCUGCUUCUCAUUGCCCUUUUAUUUACUGGACUGAUUCAGUGGAAAAAGAAGACCCAAGCCUCAUCUUCAUCCCAAUCCUUAAAAAGCUCCUCAAACCCCCGUGUGCUUCCAGCACCAGUCUAUAACUACGAGGAGAUUAAAGACAGCAGAUCUCUUUCUAACACAAUAUACUGCACUGCUCAGUUAUCCACAAACCUCCCUGACGGUUCUGAAACCAUUUACUGCAACACUGAAUUACCGACAACUACAACUGUUUAUUCUACAGCACAAAACCCACCAGAUUCUCCUGAUCAGGACUUCUACUCCACAGCUCAGUUACCCUCAGCAGUCAGUGCUACUUCACCAUCAGUGGUGAAAUCAGGUGAAAGUCCAGUGUAUGCAGCAGUGAGUUUUGAGACCAGCUCUUAUGGUGCAGCUCCAACAGCCAUCUACAAGAACAAGAGCAACUCCUGUGUUUAUGCUACUGUAAAUAGCUAGUUAGCAUUCAUCAGAAUGCUAAUCAUUCUGAGUUAUUUGUUCUUUUUAGCAGCCAUUAAUAUAUUAUAUUAUAUAUUAUACAUCAUACCACUUUAUUCAAUUCAAUUCAAAUUUAUUUGUAUAGCACUUUUAACAAUGUCAUUGUCUCAGAACAGCUUUACAGAACAUAAGAAACAAUACAAAAAUGUAAUAUACAAAGAUUAAUAUAAUACAAAAAUUUAAGAUUAAUGUUAGAUUUAUAUUUAAAUGUGUUAUAUUUAUCAAUGAACAAGCCUGAGGUGACUGAGGCUGUGGUGAGGAAAAAACCCUAGAAGGAAGAGGAAGAAUCCUUGAGAGGAACCAGACUGUAAAGUGAACCUCAUCCUCAUUUGGGUGACACUGGAGGGUGUGAUUAUAAAUAUACAGUCUGACAAUUGUGUAUUGUUAGGAGGUUGUUGUCCUCAAGACCACAUAUAGUUCAUAUCUCCUCUUAGAAUGUCUGAAUAUUUCAUAAAGCAGAGUCCAACUGGAGCUGGAACAUCUCUAGAUGCCUCGAUAUUCUCACAGGGUUGGUCUCAUCUCAGUGAAGGUCUGAAAUCUUCAUGAUACGGAACACAACAGGAGCUGGUAGAAUCUCUGGAUGCCUCAGGAAGGGUAGAAAGAGAGAAGCAUUGAAGAGGAAUUAGCAUAGCUGCUGUUCAUAAUAUUAACAAGCACUAGAUGAUAAUGUGCAUUUGGUCUGAUGUAAUAGUGCACAAUAUUAUGGGAUGUAUUAUGUGUACGUCUGACUAAAGAGAUGAGUUUUUAAUCUACAUUUAAACUGGGAAAGUGUGUCUGACCCCCGGACACUAUCAGGAAGACUAUUCCAGAGUUUGGGAGCUAAAUAAGAAAACGCUCUACCGCCUUUAGUAGACUUAGAUAUUCUGGGAACUACCAGAAGUCCUGAGUUUUGUGAUCUCAGAGAGCGUGAAGGAUUGUAACGUGUUAGAAGACUAGUUAGAUACAUGGGAGCUAAACCAUUAAGAGCCUUGUACGUAAGUAGCAGCAGUUUGUAAUCAAUUCUAAACUUAACAGGUAGCCAGUGUAGAGAUGAUAAAAUUGGGGUUAUAUGGUCAUACUUUCUUGUCCUAGUGAGAACUCUGGCAGCUGCAUUUUGGACUAACUGUAGCCUAUUUAUUAAAGAUGCAGGACAACCACCUAGUAAUGCAUUACAAUAGUCCAGUCUAGAGGUGUCAGGGAUCUGCACGGACUUUUGGCCAUGUGCGAUUGUUGUUGUUUUUGUCACGUGGCUGCCCCGCCUUCGUCUGCUCCUCCCUGUCUCCACACCUGUUCCCCAUUGUGUGUGAUUGUCCUUUUUGUAUUUAACUGAGCCACUUUGCUGAAUGCAGGGCAGAUUCAUUAGUUACGUUAGUCCCUGUGUAGUGUGGAUAUUUCUGUUUGUCCUCAUUAUUUAUUAAACCCCUUUCAUUUGAAGCUA